AUGAAAACGAAUGUGUGGCGGUCUGUAUUCCAACCACUUGUCGAAGAACAAGCCUUACCAAGUUGUUUUCAGGUUUCUAGAGAAGAUUUUCUUCGUUACCAAAAUGAAUACAACUCGAGCCCAAAUGAAAGUAGGGAAUCGUUCUAUUGCAUGCAGUUUCCUGAAGAUAUGUUGUUGUACCCAAACUGCUUCGAAAAACUUUUGUGGUUGAGGAAUGGAUGGAAGACACAUAAAUGUUACGCCGACUAUGGUGUUAAUGGGUCCAUCUGCUCUAUGCGACGCUACCUUUCUGAAAUUGAAAACCAUUGCCCUCCAGUUUCUUUAGAAGGUGUGGAAUCCAGUCUAAAAAGCACCAAUUUCGCUCAGCCCAACACAGACCUGAAGAAGCUUUUCUCGGUACUCGAUGGGAAUUCUGGUAAUUAUGAUUACAUCAAGGAUCGUCUCACACAAUACUGGUCAGGCUGGAUUGAAGCUCUGGAUGUGACUCUUCUCAAAUAUCCAAAAUCUACAUCAAAUAGGAGAAAAAUGAAUAUACUUAUACACUUGGGACUUCUUACUGAGGCGAAUUUACACAUUGGUGAAAAAUCUCGUAAUGGAGGACCCUUAGGAGAAUUGCUACAGUGGUCAGAUCUUAUUGCGUGUUUGUUUCUUCUGGGACACAACCUCUACAUAUCGAACGAUAAGCCAUCUCUUAUUCGGCAUGUUGACAAGUUUCCUUUUGACGGACCAUGUCCCAGUAAGCAAAAUCACGUGGAUCUGAUAAUCACUGAUAUUAUUGGCUUGAGGUCAUUUCGCUCGCGGAGAGAAUUCCUUCUACGAAACAAAUGUCUGAUACGUUUGGUCGAUAGUUUUGGAACACAUGUGGAAUUCAACUACAGGUCUUAUUUCAAAGCGCACCAAGCAGACUUCGCUCAGAAAGGAGGUACAUCCACUAAUCCGUGGGGAGGGCAUGGACUGAAGCUUUUACAACACUGGACUUUCUUCCCGCAUACACCCGACAACGACUUUCUCGGGUUUGCGAUUCAUCGCCCCAAUGUGGAACCACUUUACGAUCGAGAAACUCUUGAACGCCCCUUAUCACUGGUUUAUGGAAAGGAAAAAUAUAUGUGGACAGAAUCAGAACCUGUUAUUGAAGUACUAAAAUCUCUUACAGAGGUACACGCUACUGUUGCCGAUCUUAAGAACGCCAAUGAAUCCGUGUUUUCUGAGAUCGUCAAUCAUGGUUUUUUGAACACCACCGAAAUUGCUGCUCUCUUGAAAUCAGUCAAUAUCUUUGUCGGCCUCGGAUUUCCAUUCGAAGGCCCGGCUCCGUUAGAGGCUGUAGCACAUGGCGCAGUAUUUAUCAAUCCCAAGUUUGAACCUCCGAAAAAUCGAUUGAACACCCCUUUUUUCCGCGACAAGCCUACACUGCGAGAGUUCACUAGCCAGUCCCCUUACAUGGAGCGUAUUGGAGCGCCUCAUGUUUAUACCGUUAACUUUAACAAUACCGACGAACUGAGAAAUGUUAUAGGGGAAGCCUUAUCAAGGGAGCCUCAGCCGUUUGUGCCAGAAGAAUUCACUCCGGAAGGAAUGCUGAUUAGAGUAAAUAUGUUGAUUCACCGCGACCUCUGCACUGGCGCGUCAAGGUGGCCCCCACGGAGCGCUUUUGUGAUGGCUUGCAAGUUUGAAGGCUUCGUGUGUGAGCCAUCGUUUUUCCCGCUCAUCAACUUAUCCGAGUUCGUUGCUAGCAUUGCCGCUUGUUCGCCUGCAAACUUGGUGAACUCAACGGAACCCCAUGCUCCAUAUAAUUGUUCUCGGCAGAUCAAUCCACUCAUGUUCAGCUGUGCAACUCGACCACCGACAGGUACUAAUGCCAUGAGGGUUUGUCCAUGUAGAGAUUAUGUGCCUGGACAAAUGGCUUUUUGCAAAGAGUGUGUUUCAUAG